CCCGGUGGCCCCUCCCUUCUGUCCUCACAUUUCGAGGUCUCGAGCCCGAGAGGCCCCCAAGAAUCGGGUAUAGCCAGUCCGUAGCCAUUUUGGCUCAAGCACUUCUGGCUCAAGAGCCCUCGGUGCAAACCGCGCAGGCGGCGCCUGUCGGCAGGCGCGCCCGUGGAUCCGCAGCGGUGGCCGCACCGCCCACCGCGGGUGGCCAGGCUGCGCCACGGGCCGAUCUCCGCGAGGCGUCGCGGGAGGAACAUGGACGACAGCGCAACCCCGCAUGCGGCAGUGCGUGCGUGGUCGAGCACCGCAGGUUCGCAAAUUCAGGACGUGCUGUUCGAGCUGAACAACAAGGUGGCUCAAGAGGCAGCGGACCAGCAGGCGAUUACCGAGAGGAUGAUGGACGACAAGUUCGCCGCGAUGAGACAAGAGAUGUGGGAGAGGCUGGACGAGGUACGGAUGUCCAGCGCAGGGACUUCGUGGAGCAGCUAGCGGCGCUGACCCAGGCCACCAAGGGCCUGGUUGCGGACGCCAUGCGGGCGGAGAUGGACGCGCUGCGCCAGGACGUCGCCGGCCAGACUCCGCCUGCGGAGCCAGCGCCCCAGCCGGCCCCAGUGCUCGACGAGGCAUUGGCGGAGCUGCGGGCGCGGUUGGAGGAGGCGGAGAGGAGCCACCACGGCGGCCACCACCAGCAUCACCAUCACCACAGAUCAACAAGCAGCGUCUCCAACGACAUCGGCGUGACGACAGCGCACGAGAAGGAGACUGUAGACAUGUCGGUCGAGCAGGUCAAGCAGUCGUUGCGGCUCUCCGGCGCAGAGAUGGACAUGGAUGGCAACGAGGCGACCUUCGAGGCCGAGGGCGGCGAUUGGGACGAGAAUCGCGAGCAGUCGCAAUGGACUGGAACGGCGAUAUUCAGGUUGCCUCCUCCUGCUCCUCCUCGAGCCGACGGUCGGGGAGCGCGUGUUCGGCGCGCGCCCCGCGGGCUUGGAGGAGCAAUGCUUUGUGGUGUAGAGUACCGCGAAAGUCGAUCUUAACCCCAGGGGGAACCUGCAUUUUUUUUUCUUCGGAUUUGCACGUGCGGGCUCCUUGACACGAAUUUCAUGGAUUGCCCCGAGUGCUCCGCAACCACGCUCCUCCAUGCGCUAGUCGAUCCUAGCCGCAGGGGGGGAAAUACUGCUGGUUUGCUGCAGAUUUGCACGUGCGGGCUCCUUGACACGAGUUUCAUUGAUUGCCCCGAGUGCUCCGCAGCCACGCUCCUCCAUGCGCUAUUCGAUCCUAGCCGCAGGGGGAACAACAAACUGCAGAUUUGCACGUGUGGGCUCCUUGACACGAAUUUCAUGGAUUGCCCCAAGUGCUCCGCAGCCACGCUCCUCCAUGUGCUAGUCGAUACUAACCGCAGGGGAAAUACUGCUGGUUUGCUGCAGAUUUGCACGUGCGGGCUCCUUGACACGAGUUUCAUUGAUUGCCCCGAGUGCUCCGCAACCACGCUCCUCCAUGCGCUAUUCGAUCCUAGCCGCAGGGGGAACAAAAAACUGCAGAUUUGCACUUGUGGGCUCCUUGACACGAAUUUCAUGGAUUGCCCCAAGUGCUCCGCAGCCACGCUCCUCCAUGUUGCUCCGCAACCACGCUCCUCCAUGCGCUAGUCGAUCCUAGCCGCAGGGGGAACAACAAACUGCAGAUUUGCACGUGUGGGCUCCUUGACACGAAUUUCAUGGAUUGCCCCAAGUGCUCCGCAGCCACGCUCCUCCAUGUGCUAGUCGAUACUAACCGCAGGGGAAAUACUGCUGGUUUGCUGCAGAUUUGCACGUGCGGGCUCCUUGACACGAGUUUCAUUGAUUGCCCCGAGUGCUCCGCAACCACGCUCCUCCAUGCGCUAUUCGAUCCUAGCCGCAGGGGGAACAAAAAACUGCAGAUUUGCACUUGUGGGCUCCUUGACACGAAUUUCAUGGAUUGCCCCAAGUGCUCCGCAGCCACGCUCCUCCAUGUGCUAGUCGAUACUAACCGCAGGGGAAAUACUGCUGGUUUGCUGCAGAUUUGCACGUGCGGGCUCCUUGACACGAGUUUCAUUGAUUGCCCCGAGUGCUCCGCAACCACGCUCCUCCAUGCGCUAUUCGAUCCUAGCCGCAGGGGGAACAAAAAACUGCAGAUUUGCACUUGUGGGCUCCUUGACACGAAUUUCAUGGAUUGCCCCAAGUGCUCCGCAGCCACGCUCCUC